GGCGCUCCGCGGGGCUGGCGGCGGGCGCGCAGCGGCGCCAUGUCGGUGCCGGCGGCGGAACCACGUGGCGGAUGCGGAAGGGGCCGGGCCCGGCCCGUGCCCGCCCCGGGGCCGCGGCUAUGCGGGCGGCGGGGCCGGCCCCGGACGGCGGCUCGGCUGCCGCCCGCCCUCCGCGGGGCCGCCGCCGGGUGCGGGCGUCCUUCGUGGACGAGUCGCUGUUCGGCCGCCCCGCGGGGGCCCGCCCGCCGCCGCCCGCCUUCCCGCCGCCCUGGGCGGCUCCCGCGGCUCCCUCCGCCGGCGGCUCCCGGCCCGGCAGUCAGUGCAGGUCCCGAAGCCACGCUCCGUCCUUCUGUGACGAGUCCCUGUUUGGUGCCAAGCCCCAGGGUCCUGCCUGGGCAGCUCCGCGGAUGAGGAAGGAGGAUGUAGCCAAGCUCCAUUCGCUGCUCUGGAGCCCCCCGCCUGCCCCCCAAAGCCAGCCUGGCCUUUCCCCACACUGCAGGGGGACUCCCCUGCGAGCCGUCCACCCACCGGCCUCCGCGCCUCCGGCCGCAUCUAAGCCCGGCCACCAGGAGAAGGUGUGUGGCUGGAAGCAUCCCAGGAGCGAUGCCUGCUCCACAGGCUGGGGUGCUCCCGGCAGAGGACGUUCCCAGUCUGUCAGCCGGCUGAGCACCCCCCCGGACAGGAUUCACCUGUCUUCCAACCUUGGCACAGAAAGGUGGAAGAACCAGAGCCCUCCAACAACCCCUGCUGGCCGCCAGGGCCCUCUGGUGAGGGGUCGGUCCAACAGCGUGUCCGGAUCUCCUGUGCUCAGGAAUGCCAAGGCCGCAGGUGGCUGCAAAGCCAGACCCCCCUGGAAGUGAUGCCAAGCGUCCCUCUGGAUGUACAUACAGCCUUAGUGCCCCUGAGGCCUCCCUGUGGCCAAGCCCACGAGGAUCCUCAGCUUUUCUGUGGCUGGAGAUGAAGGAUGGGGCUGUUCCAUGCUGGAGGACAAGCCGGGAGCCAAAGGUGACCACAGUGCUGGGAGCAGUGACCUUGUUCAGGGCACAACCCUGCGGCAGCAGAGCGGGAUAGCCUUGGUGGGGACAGCUGCUUCCCGUGAUGUUCCUGCUGUCUGGGAAAUCCUGCCGGGAAGUUGGAGCAGCAGGAGACAGGAGUGCCCCCAGUGCAGUCCAGGGCCCGCCCAGGCACAGGUGUUGAGAGGCUGCUCUGAGGCCCCCCAAAAGGUUCCCUUCUCCAGGAAAGGAGCUCCAUUCCCUCUGCCUCUGUGCACAGGAUGUGCCUUGGUGUCUCCCUGCUGUCCUUGCUUUGUGUCACCAGCGCCUUAUGGACACCUCUGACAAAGCAGGACAAGGGAGGACGAGCACAGAGGUGAGGAAAGCAUUGCCCUGCGUCCUGCUGGCAAUGGGAUGGUCCCAGCCUGGAUGGGGUUUGUGGCAGAGAAGGAUCUGCGUGGGGAUUUUGGCAGCUUGUGGUGCUGAGGAGGUGCUGAGUAGAUCCAUAGUUGUGCAGCUGGUGCUGAGGGUUGUGAGGUGCUCACAGCAGUGCCACGGUGUCACCAAAUAAGUGCUCUGAGACAAAUGUGAGAUCUGUGGGAUGCUGCUGAGUGAUCUGGGCAGCACCAGAACUCCUCCACUUCCUUUGCUGAGGUGGGAAAGAGCAGCUCUGUCUGUAUGGAGGUGGGUAAAGGACAUGGGGUGGGUGACCUGGGGUGUGCAGUCACUGCUCCCUGGCGAGGGAGGCUGCGGUGAGGUUCUGGGAGUUUGGUAACUCCCAUGCUGAGGGAAACACUCAAAUUCACCCAAGGGACACACCAAGCCAGGUUAAGAGCAUCAUUCUGCCUCCAGAAAUGAUUUUAUUGCAUCUUGAGCAGCAGCAGGAUCGGGCCUUGACCCACUCCAGCACGUGGAGCUGGAGCCAGCCAGGAGCCUGCUCUGAGUGGAAUUUCUGCUCAUUUCUUGGCCUGACAGGAGGCAAGAAUAACCUGAUGUUACUAAAACCUGAGAAGGUGAGUGAGGGUCCCUGUGAUUAGCUCCAAGCUCUCAGAUCUCUCCCUGUGCUUCCCAUUGAGGCAAUCCAGCAGAUCUUCUCAACCUGGGGUAAAAUUGGAGGGACAUGAAACAAUUGUGGCCUUCUCAGAGGAAUUGUUGGGAGUGCUGGUGUCAAUCCCAGCCUCACAGCUGUGUUUGGGACAUGGGCACAGUGACUGCAGGCUGUGAAGGCUGCGGGUCUCACUGGGCUGGGAGAGAAUCCAGACGUGAUUUGGACACUAGAUGGAGACAAGAGGGUUGAGAUUGCCACAGAAGCAGGAACGCUGUUCCCCAGCAGCAGCUGGGUGAGGCAGAUCCAGCGAGGCAGAGUUGCCAGCGAACUGGGGGAGCUGCCCUGGAAUCUGAGCAGCACAGAACUGAACCAGCGCAAUCCUGGACAGCUGGAGUCCUUGAAAGAGGAAGUAUCUUAAAAUAAGGAGAGAUUUUAUCUGGAAAUCAAGUUAACAGUGGCCUGUGUGGCCAGGAUUGGCCACUUUACCCGCACUGCUGUGCUCAGGGUCCAAGGAAUCAGAGGAGGAAACUAGAGCCCAUCUCAUCAGCCACUUUCCUGUCCCACACUGGCCCAGGUUGCCACCAAGGGCUUCCAGGAGGUCAGAAGUGGCACUUCCUUGCUUUUACACAUGAGGACAAUGUUGGUUAAGUAUAAAAUGGGUUGUUUGCAUUUUGUUCCAUGGUUCUCCCUCACAUUGGUGCUUUACUGUUGCCAUGUCUUCUUGUUCUGCCAGAGCUGUGCAGCCCAGCAUGAGAGCAAAAGCUGCUCUGUUACUGCUGGAACUGGUGCUCUCAUGGAAAAAAACCCACAUUAAAUCUGAAUAAAAUGA